ACGAGUGUACUUACUCCCAGUAUAGGCAGUAUAGAGUGCGCCUACGCCGGGUGAAGCUGUAGUGAUAUAACAAGCUAACUCAUAGUCGUGAAAUACGUAAAACUGUAAUUCGAACAAAAAGAUGCUGAAUCAGUCCAUUCCUGUUGCCAUGGCAUUGAGAGGAAAAGUUGCGCUCAUCACAGGUUCCAGUUCAGGAAUUGGGGCAGGAAUUGCAACAGUAUUUGCGAGAGAAGGGGCCAAACUGUCACUGACUGGCAGGAAUGAGAAGAAUUUGGAGGAAGUGGUCAAGAACUGCAAGACGGAAGCUUCUGACGAUGUUCUCACAAACAUGGGUGACAUCACACAGGAUGCUUUCAGAAAGACUCUGGUGGAAGCAACCAUUCAGAAGUUCGGGAAAAUAGACAUUCUGGUGAACAGUGCUGGGACCACAGGUUCAAGUCCGCUGCAAUCAACGACCAAAGAGCUGUAUGACAGUGUCAUGGCCGUAAACGUGGAGGCACCCGUGUUUUUGACACAGUUAGUUGCACCGUAUUUGACUGAAUCAAAAGGAUGUGUGGUUAAUAUUUCAUCUUGCGUCACGAGUACAAUUGCUCACGGAUGGGGUAUCUACGCCAUGUCAAAGGCGGCCUUGGACAAAUUCACAAGAUACCUUGCACAUGAAAUGGUUUCACACGGAGUUCGCGUGAAUGCAGUCAACCCAGGUUACAUACCCACUCAAUUAUUGUCUCGCAACUUAUCGAAAGAAGAUUGUGCCCAGAUGGAUAGUGGUCUAACUAACGCAACGCCAGUUGGUCGAGCAGGUACCACAGAAGAAAUUGGCCACAUUGUUGCAUUCUUAGCCUCCGAGAAAGCAGCCUUUGUGACUGGAGAAUGUUUCAGGGCCGAUGGUGGUUUGACAAUGACCACACCAGUCCUUACAUAAAGCAGAUGGUCGCAAGGAGCCAAAAUGCCUCCAUCAAUUGCAGACUGUGUAACGAGAAAGUGGCGUGUAUCAAAUAGACUAGACACAUACCAAUGAAAUUUGACAGAUGACUUUUAUUUAUAUAGAACAAAUUACCAACAAACAAAUUCUGAAAUACUCCCGAAAUAUUACUAAUACUGAUACAGUGGAGUAGCUUAGUAGUUAUAGCGUUCACUCAGCACGCCAUAGACCCGGGUUCGAUUCCCCAUAUGGGCACAAUGUGUGAAGCUCAUUUCUGGUGUCCCUCGCCGUGAUAGUGCUUGAAUAUUGCUAAGAGCGGCGUAAAACUAAAUUUACUCUCACUUAACAAAACCAAGAUAUUGCCCCAGUGCUUAUAUAAAUAAAUAUUGAUGUACAUGCUGA